AUCAAAAAAAAAAAAAAACACACGCUCACUUUCACUCCACUCCCCCCUCUCUCCGGCAAACAAUGACCACCGAUCCCAACACCCACAACCACCACCAAAACCACCACCGGAUCCUCCCACCACCACCAUCAAACUACCACCCACACCCCCACCCCCGCCACAACCACCACUACUACCCACACUCCUCCACGUCAUCCUCCUCCGCCUCCAUCAAAGGCUGCUGCUGCUGUCUCUUCCUCUUAUUCUCCUUCCUCGUACUCGUCGCUGUCGCCGUCAUCCUCGUCAUCCUUCUCGCCGUCAAACCCAAAAAACCCGAAUAUAACCUCCAACAAGUCGGAGUCCAGUACAUCAGCCUCGCCGCCACAAACCCACCGUCAACCGCCGUCAACUCCCCCGCCGCCUCUUUAUCACUCGCCAUUCGAAUGCUAUUCACCGCCAAAAAUGACAAUAAGGUUGGAAUCAAGUACGAGGAUUCGACGUUUAAUAUCAUGUACCGUGGGAUUCCGUUGGGUCGGGGGUCUGUACCCGGGUUUUACCAGCCGGCCCAUAGCGUGAGGCAGGUGCAGACCACGGUCACGGUGGAUCGGGUUAAUUUGAUGCAGGCGGAUGCAGCUGAUUUGAUUAGAGAUGCUACGACGAAUGAUCGGGUUGAGCUUCGGAUCAUGGGUGAUGUGAGGGCUAAGAUUCGGAUCGUUGGGUUAACUUCACCCGCUGUGCAGGUAUCGAUAGAUUGUACAAUAGCAAUAAGCCCAAGGAAGCAAUCCCUCAGCUACAAGCAAUGUGGAUUUGAUGGUUUGCAACUAUGAAAGACGUCUACCCAAAUCAGAGUGGAUUGAGUUCAAAUGUUUGCAGCUAUGUCUCGUUCCAAAAUGGAUCGAAACAUAAAUUAGUGUAAGUCAUCACCAAUUGGAGGACAAAAAGAGUUUUAAACUAAUUUUCUAUAUCUUGAUUUAUGAAAUAUAUUAAUUAUUAAUUUUUCUACUUCUUUUUCUUUUUUUCAAAAAUUGUAUCAUGAAUCUUCUAAUUUAGCCCACUAUUUUCUUAUCUUAUGAAGUUCAAGUUAAAUUCAAUUAUUUGUUUCCAGGUAUAAUGGAAAAUAUUGUAUGAUAUAUUAAGUAAUUAAAUUAUGUUAUUAUUUCGAUAUAAAUGAAAUGAAACUUUUAGCUUUCAA